UCGUUUCACACAACAUUUUUGAUUUGAAAAAAGAGUUACAUCGGUUACGCUAACGUGACUACAAUUUAAGUGCAAACCCGAAAACGAAAGCAGGUUACCGAAAAAAAGAUUGAACCCACCAAUUAAACGAACGAAAAAUAUUAAACUAAAAACCCACAAAAAAAUUGAGUUGUUUGUCGUAAAGUGAAACAAUUACAUUGUCUUAAAGAGAUCACACGUAUAAUUGUACGAAAAUAAUUCCGUUGUACGUCUAAGAUAAUAGACUUGUUGACAACAAGUUCAGACGACACAUAAGACAGCAACAGGUAUUGACUCUCCGAAUAUUUUGGGACAAUGGUUAUUAAAGUGGUGAAUGAAAAAAAAUGGAAUAUAAAAGACAGUGGUCAGUCAGUUUGCCCAAGAUUUGAUUGUAAUAUUUGGUGAACGUAACUUCGCGAGUUGUGAAGAGAAACGGAGAUAGUUUGAAACAGGAUCGUUAUGUGCGUGGUCAGAAAGAGUGAUCGGAAUCCCAAAUAAAUCGACAACAAAAUAACUAAAAUGCGAAAAGUAUGUGAUGAAAUAAGAUGAAAUACCUGCGGUGUGCUCAUUUGUUCAUGAUCUGUUGUGUCUAUCAAAUUGUAUCUGUGAAAGCAAAAUCGAAUAGCUCGACAAAUUUUGCGAUUAGCAAAGAUAAUCCGAAUGAAAAGUACAAAAACCAUAACAUGGAUGGCUGGAAACCAAUUAAGCCGACGUUGGAAUACCUGAAAUUAAAUCAACGAAAAAAUUGUGUUUCGGUUGGAUUUUUUAGCGUAGACUGUAAGCAAGUGACUGAAGAGAAAAAGAAAACGACAAAGUACAAAUCAAUCGUGGAUGCAUUCCGGCAUGACUAUCACAGUCCGUACGGCAAUUAUGUGGCUGAAAUCGUACCAAAGCUACCGAAUCACUAUAAAAAUCCACUACCAAAAUAUCGACCGAAUAACAGGCGCCAGUUCAGACGAUUUUAUUCGGAUAUCGAAAGAAGCGUUGAACUGCCGCGCUUCAUCGAAGAAUAUCCAACGAACCAAUUUGGAAGCAGAUCAUUUCGAGAAUAUGUGUCGAAAUAUUCGAAACGGCGGCAAUAUCCAAUGUUCGAACCGAUACCCGGUCAGAUAUUGUAUCCACCUUCUGUGCCUCAAUUCAUACCAAAUCCUCUGAACGAAAUUAAACAACUGAAAUCCCGUAGAGACGAUGACAUGGCAUAUAGUCGACACAAUAUGAAUAUCAAAACCUUUCAAUCGACGAUAUUUCCGUUUUUUGAGCACGAGUCCGUCACAAAGAAACAUUCAACAAAUAACGAAAAUGUGAGGAACAAAGGUAGAUUUGAUGUAACAUCACCGGUCUUUUCUAUGGUUAUUGAGCCAACAACAAUCAGAGUUUCGUCAACAAGCAGCGGCACCACAUCAAAAACAAAUAGGACUCCCAUACAGUAUGUCUAUGCAGUAGCAACACGGCGGUCAAAUAAAAAUCAAAUUUCGAACGAUUUUGAAAAGGAACUUCCCAGAAAAGUCGUUAUAGAAUCUCCUCCGAAACGAGACGAUGCACUGAAGAUUGACACCGAUAAUAGUGUGAUAUCAACGAAACUAAGCAAUCGAUUUCUUGAGUAUACCACAAGUGGUUACAGCAACUAUGUAACUAUUAAACCAUCCAUUGAUCGACCAUCAGACAGGGAGACUACAGAACCGUUGAUAGAUGAAAGUACCAACGAAGCACCAAAGAGUCGCAUCAAAGUUAUUCCACUUCUGCGUACUGUAGAAGAAAACUUCGAUUCGAAAGAAGAUUUCAUUGCGUCGUCGUCACCAUACAUUAAUCAGAACAGGACGUACAUCGCCAACAAGGCCGGUUUUAUGAAUAUAGGUCAUCGACGUACAAAGAAGACCACAUUGAAACCCCAAAUUUACACACUGAGCUCAUUAUUGCUGGACACGGACAAUCAAAGUGCAUCCCAUCAAUUACCGAAACCAGGUCAAUAUGUGGAUCAUCUAUCAUCAACAAUUAUUAAUGAUUAUGUUGGUACAACACAGCCAACUGAGCAACCAGCAGAAGCAGUACGAUCGAGCAUAACAAUGAAACAUCAACCACCAUUACCAAAUAAAUCAAACAACCAAAAUACAACAAACAGCAGGUGGACGCAACCACAUGAAUUGUCUACUAUUAAUAAUAAUGAUGGGAUUAAUGAUCGUGACCAGAAGAUCAAAGAUAUCAAUUUGGAUAUAGUAAUUACAACGGAUGGUCCAGCAACGAAUCGAAACCAGAUUUACUCGGGAAUUAACGAUGGUGAUGAAUGGAAUGAUGGGAAUGUAGAUGGUAACAGUCGAGCGCUCAAUGGAUAUGGGCGGGUUAAUGUGGAGCCUAAUGUCGAAUGGAUAAUGGUUGCUAAGAGUGCAAUGGAACGUUCAGAAUUUAAUGGAAGACCGACGGAUUCGAGAAGUGAACGACUGACGUCAGCUUCAUACAAAGACAACAUAGUACCUAUGACGAUGAAACGAAUGCCAAAGGUUAACAAUUCGAAUAUGGUUCUCGGUACCAAUAUAUUGGUUCAAUAAAGAAUGACUUAUUACACAUCCGAAAGUCUUUCAAUGCAC